AUGCAGAAAUUAGAUCAGUACAAUAUAGGAUUUCUUGAAGAUGAUUAUGAAAAAUCACAAGUCUUAGUUAGUAUGGCUUUAAAGGAUUGUUCAAAGAAUGGGAUUCGAAGAAAAAAACUUUUAUUAAAGGAAAAGAUACAAGAAAAUUCAAUUUGGUUAAUUCAAACAGAAGAUACUGAAUUGCAAACUGGCAUUUUUCAAACUUUAAAUACUAUCUUGAUUUCAAAUCAUUCUACCCAAUCAUUUGAAGAACUUUUACAACAAUUUAUCAAACAACAAAAUACUCUUAUUGCACCAAACAAUAAUUCAAUAGAAUCGUCUAAAAAUAUGGUCAGUAUUACAAAUCUACUUCAACAUAAAGGAAAAGAACGACCUACAAACAAAAGACACUUGUCAGCUAUUGAAAAUCAACCUUCUAGAGAAAAAAAGAAAAAUAAAAGACAAU